GCCUGUUUGUGUGCGAAUGGCCGGGCCUUGCGGCGGCUAUAGGCAUAGCAAGGUGGGAAGCCCAAACAGCGUCAAGCUUGGAGAAGGCCGCCUGCUAAUGAGGAAAAAGAGGGUUAGAGCCCCGUCAGGUUGCCCCUUCUAAGCUGGGAAGUUGAAAAGCAUACGGAGGGGGAGGUCUUUGGACAAUAAGAUUAACCUGCGAUUUCAUUACUCUCAGACCAGCUUCAGGUGGAAGUUUACGAUGCUUCGUUUUUCGUCUACGUCCUGGUGCGAAUCCCCCGUACGUACCUAAUGUAAGCCUAUGCUGGCCGGCCAGGGAGACGUAGACGUUGAUUGUCACGUGAAAAACGUCAGCUUCCCCCUUCCAUCCCGCCGUAGAAUGACGACAACGCCACAUUGAUAAGCCCUACCAAGAAGCCCUCCCUAACCCUUUCCUAUAUCCUCAACUCAGCCGACCUUUUCUGCCCUAGUGUAGUACUUGACGUCCGCGUUCCCGAGCAUCCCGUCCUGGAGGCGGCCGCCCGUCAGCGACCUUUCGCUUGAGCGUACCGACAAAACGGCGGGAAUGGCUACCCUUAGGUCUCGUAAAUAUCGCUCCGCCACCAAAUACCUGUUCCGUGAGGAACAGGCUGACGCUAUCGUACGGACCACCGCCUACCACCGCAAAGACUUCCCUCUCUCCGUCAUAUCAUUCUUCCCUCGCGAGCACGUCCCUAUCCGCUCGUCGAUAGCAACGCCCUUCCAGCAGCCGACUUCGAAUACGACGGUGCUCGGCUCCCUCGAUCGGCUACCCCUCGAGCUCUGGCACGAUGUGUUGCUACGUCUGGACAUGCAUUCUCUAUUCCGCUUUCGACAAACAAGUAUCCGAUCGAGAGAGAUAGUAGACUCUCUCCACGAGUAUCGGAUGGUAACCUCGCACGGACUGAACCUUCUCUGCGCCUUACUACGAACACGAGUCGCUACCCACGUUUCUCUGUCCGACUUUUACCACGCGCUGUGCACCAAAGAUUGUCCUCUUUGCGGCGAAUUCGGCGGGUUCAUAUCUCUCCUAACCUGGCAGCGAUGCUGUUUUAACUGCCUCCGACGGGCACCGGAAACCCAAGUGCAAACUCUUGCCGCUGUCCGGAGGCAAUUCCACCUAACCAGGGCCGAGUCACGCCAGCUGAGGUCAUUCAGGACGUUACCUGGGACAUAUUCGAUGGAAGAAACCUCAUACAAAUCCCGCAUCUCCAUCGUCUCCGCUCGUCAGGCCAUGCUGGCCUUCGGACAACGACCGCAUGACAUCGCUCCAGCACGGCCGGCGAGCUGGCGACGAAAUGAACGAUUUAAGUUUGCGGGGUCGUGUGCACUUCCGUAUUACGAUAAACGAACCGGCAAGGUCGAGCAUGGAGUGUCGUGUGCCGGGUGUCAACUCGCUCGCGAAAGGAAAAUUAUCGGCUCUACGAGCAGCGAGUGGGGGUUCGAGGCUCGAGAUAAGGUAUACGCGCAGGACGGCUUUUUAAACCACUUUCGAUGGUGUGAACAGGCACAGGUCCUAUGGAAGUUGAGCGGCGAAGGCAACCAGCGCCCGAUGGAGAUGCCGUUCGCUGCUUGGACAGGAGGCUUCUUCACGAGCAGAUACCAAGCAUAGGGAAUCUCCUCGCUAAUGCACUGCGGCCAGGCUCUCUGCAAAGUAUCCCAGUAGAGACCUAGCCCGGAAAGCAGACAAGCUCCCCAAACUUCCCGAGGAACGGUUCGCCGUCUGGAUUCAGUUCGGCAGCUCACAGGCCGCACUUGAUUAUUACGCAGACCCUCCGUUCUAGCUGGUGUACGUCACUCCCGCCUCUGGUUUGACCAAGUGCCUUGAACAGUAUUAGUUGAUCGACUCUCCCUAUCCCAUUCUCUCUCCCAAACCGACUACAUUUAA